AUGAAGGCCUGCUGUCGACUCCCAUACCGGCGGGAUAUCUUAUGGUCUGCCAUCAAGUCACGAAACUAUGCAACUCAAGCACCACCACAGCGUCGACUCAAUGUCCCAACCGACUUCAAGAAUACACCUCUCCUGCAUCAUACGUCAAAGACAUUCUCAAAUACCCCUGGCUUGCCGGCCGGAGCAGAUUCGACGAGACUGAAUUUAUACCAGUCUGUCAAUUCGGCACUACGGACAGCGUUAGGCGCUUCCAAUGAUGUUUUAUGCUUUGGUGAAGACGUCGCGUUUGGUGGUGUGUUUCGCUGCACCAUGAACUUGCAGUCCGAGUUUGGAGGCGACAGAGUCUUCAACACACCCAUCACGGAACAGGGAAUCGUAGGAGCAGCGAUCGGGAUGGCAGCUGAGGGCGCUCGACCGGUCGUGGAGAUUCAGUUCGCAGACUAUGUAUAUCCCGCAUUCGACCAGAUCGUCAACGAGGCCAGCAAAUUUCGGUAUCGCGAGGGCCAUACCGGGGCAAACCUAGGCGGCCUGGUUAUCAGGAUGCCGUGUGGAGGAGUCGGCCAUGGGGCACUAUACCACACACAAUCCCCUGAAUCAUUAUUCUGCCAUGUCCCAGGCUUCAAAGUCGUCAUGCCACGCUCUCCAACGCAAGCCAAAGGCCUGCUUCUCUCCGCAAUUCUCGACUCCGAAGACCCGGUAAUUUUCAUGGAGCCCAAAAUCCUUUACCGCGCGGCCGUCGAAGAAGUCCCCACGGAGGACUAUCGACUUCCACUGGGAAAAGCCGAGGUCCUGAAACCCGGCUCCGAUCUAACCAUCAUCUCUUAUGGCCGACCGCUCUAUAACUGCUCUGCAGCAAUUCAAGCGGUGGAGCAAGAGCGAGGAGUGAGUAUCGAGCUUAUCGAUUUGAGGACCAUUUAUCCGUGGGACCGCGAGACGAUUAUUGAGAGCGUGAGCAAGACAGGCAGGGCGAUUGUCGUGCAUGAAAGUAUGGUCAACUACGGUGUUGGGUCGGAGGUAUCGUCCGUGAUCCAGGAGUCCGCGUUCCUGAGUCUGAAGUCUCCUGUGAAGAGAUUGGGUGGUUGGACCACGCAUACUGGUUUGGCGUGGGAGAAAUAUAUCUUUCCGGAUGUGACAAGAAUAUAUGAUGCUAUUUUGGAAACCCUAGAUUAUUGA